AUGGGGAAAACAUCAAAGAAGACUGGACAGACCGCUGGCGCUGCACCAUCCCAACCUCCUCUCCCAAAUGUGGCUAAGAAUGAACCACAUUUGGAGUUUGAAGAGGAGGAGUUAGAUUCGGAAACGCUAAGGGCAACACUAGGGGUGUUGCAAAAUGAGUUGGCUAAUUUGAGGGCCAAUCAGGAGAAUGUUGCGGAGACAAUGUCGAUGCAGCAGAGGGAAAUUGAAUGCCAGUGCCAGGAGUUAAGUGAGUGGCAGGCGGACAUGGACCGUCGGCAGAGGGAUGACAUGGUUGCUCUCGAAGCAGCCAUCCAAUUGGCUCAGAGUCAGACUGCACCAGCCUCUCAGCCAGAUCAGCCACCGAGUGUACCACCUCAGAGGGCUCCUAAUCCUAGUCCUCCCCUCCAGCCAGCAAGCCCUCAAAGGUCGGAGUAG